GCACAAAGACGGGACCACGACGAUACUCCACUGCUGUUCGCUUUGUUUGACAGAACUGUGCUAACCACUCACGGGUACUUUUGAACCCUCGAUCAAGACAUCAAUAACGGCUGUCUCCAAUCAACUGAAUUAAGAACAAGUAAAGAACAGCUUACGCGACAGUUUCUGUCUUAGCGGUUUCCUUGGCAACACGAAGGAUCGACCAAUUGACCAUGCUCUGUCGGGUGGCAAGUUGUUGCUUUGCCACGUAGAUGCAACGGGAUUGUGGUGAUUGGCAUAAUAUAUUCAGGGUGGAGUCUUGAACUCAAAAGCAGCGAGACGCAUCGACGGGCCGCAGGUUCCAGACUUCUUCGCCAAGCGAUGAUCGUCUGACACCCGUUGGCUUGAGCAGCACGCGGACAGGUCGGCCAACAUCCAGUCAAGAUCGUGUGGCGGUUCCAUCAAGAUGGCCUGGAAGGUUGCAUUUCUGACAAUCUUCGUGACUGCGACUUUUUCAUCAUUCGGGUGGGGACAGGUACAUCCUAGGAUGAUAAUACCCUACGGAGGAUUCGGCCCUGGAAUGUUUAAUGACCUGCUCACAGACCUUCCCCCCGAGGUACGCGAUCUUGUCCUGAAGGAAGCCAUGGACGAGGACCCGCGGCUGCCGUACAUGCGAGAGAAGUGCAUCGAGGUUUUCGGGGCAGACCCUCACCACCUCCCACCGACCAACCGACACAGAAUCAAACCAGGUCAAGGCCACGGCGAGAUGACAGUCGGUAGCCUGGGUGACGACGACGAGGACUUCCGGAAGAAUCCGAAUCGACGACAGGACUCGGAGUUCUUUGCCGGAGUCGCCCGAGAACUGAGGGAAAGGUGCGGAGCUCUGAAGGACGACCAUCCUCCGAGGAUCCACGAGGACGACUUGGAGCUGGCGCAGCUGCACGAGCUCUACGUCAGCACCUUGGAUGCGGAGUCGAGGCUGCAGGAGGCGCGCGUGUGGGCCGACCUGGAAAUUCUGCACGCGCAGCGCGUCAGGCUGAUGCUGGAACGAAUGGGUCCGACAUAACCAACACGACUACAGUCAACAGAUGGCCACUAAACUCUCAUUCUCCCUCAACUGCUCCAUGUUGUUGUUGUUGUUGUUGUGUCAGUGUUAGCUAGGACUUCAGGUGAUACUCUGUUCGUGUCUUCUCGAACGUUCCAUUUUUAAUACGCAAAAUAGAUUACGUUUACCUUAAACAAACUUUCGAUUUUUUUAAUUAAUAAAAAACUAGGAUAUAUAUAUAUAAAUAAAUUUGCGAUCAUUAUGCAUUUUGUUUUCUAGUCGUAUUACCAAUAGCAGUUGACCCAGCAUGCCUCUGCAGCUCGUUACAGUUGUUACCUAUAGUCUCCUAUGCUUACUGUAGUGCACUACAAGUUUUUGCUAUGAAAUGAGGUUGUUAAAAAUAAGAGAUAAGUGAAGCCUGCCAGCAAGACUGUUUGGAGCAAAAUUUAGCUUAAAAUGUGGGUCACUGUCUUUAUGCAGGUCAAGGGCGAGUACAUGAAUGGUGCAACUCCCGAACCUUCUCGUCUUCCUUUCCCCCCAAAACGCCUCCACACCCUCUCCCCAACCCCUUGUCACCACAUCAACAAGAAAUUAAUCUUGCAACAUACGCAGGAGAAUCGACAACCCCACAAAAAAACAAAACAAAACAAAAAAACAAAAAAAAAACAAAAACCAACCCAACCCAACCCAACCCAACCCAAACCAACCCAAACCAACCCAAGCCAACCAACCAAAAAACCAACAAAAACAAACAGAAAAACAAACAAACCAACAAACCUGCUCAUCCAGAAAGUUAGGUAGGGAUCGUUACACACGAGUAAAGUACAUUGAAUAAAAACAGUUUGCUCUGCACAUUUUUUUCUGCAACAUAUUUGCAUUUUUUCACACAUCGGCAUUAAGCUGACAGACGAGAUUAUCUUGUGACAUCAGGUUACACCGAGGCGUGAACAGGAGCUUACGAGGACAAGCACACGUGACUUGGGGAUAACAAGAGGCUUUAGACCUUCCAGUGCCUUACACAUGAUUUAUGUUAGAGAGGUAGAGAUUUAUAUUUUGCGGGUUUAGUAGGAUUUAGUGUGGUUGACAAUACUCACCUAGAUGCUAGUCGCAGGUUUUCUUCUAGUUUUGGUCUUCGAGUGUGAUGCUCCUCACCAAGUCCAGGGGAGGCUGUCUCGACACAAAGCUACAUGUAUGACUAUUUCUAUGAACACUGUGAGCGCUCAGUGGCACUAGUCUGCAGUCAUAGACGUUUUCUUGCCUUGACUUUUGUUUUUGUUUUGGUGAUUGUACAAAUUUGAAACUGUUGUCAUUAAAGAUAAAAGUUGCAUCA